UUUCACCGCACAUUCCUCCUUACGCCUUCCUCUUAGACCUCCUCCUCUUCCACUCCCCUCUCCUUCUCUCUCCUUCUUUUCUCGGACGUAUUAUGGCGCUCCACUCAAAAACUGCAGUUGUAUACGUGGCGCUUGUUUUCGCUCAUGUUUCGUUACCGUUUUUCUCAACGGAAACUGCAUCAACGAGUGGCCCUAUAGACCCUUAUGAUGCCCUGUAUUAUACGGGGGUCCGGGCUUAUUUCAGGAAAGAGUGGGAGAAAGCGGCGGAGCUGAUAGAGAAGUCGAUCGCAUCCCGGGAGUCACUUUUCCAGACACGUCGAAAAUGUCACGACAGCUGUGUCACAGCUGGACACGACCGGCUGCCUAAACUGGAUGCUGAGAAGGGCAGUUUGUGGGACUUAUGGGCUCUGGAUUGGGUCCAGCGGAGGGCUGAGUGUGUCCAGCACUGUCUCACUCAAGCAAUCAGCCCAGCAGCCCUGCUCCCGGUCUCUGAGGACAUCCUGUAUGAGUUUGGCAUCCGCAACCCCUAUAACUUCCUGCAGGUCACGUACUACAAGCUGGGGAGGGUGCACAGGGCCGUAUCUGCGGCUCACACUUUCUUUGUGGCCAACCCAAACCACCUUGAGAUGAGGAACAACUUGGAGAAGUACAGGCGAAUGAAAGGAGUGACGGAGGAGGCCUUUCAGGACAGGGAGAGAGAGAAGAAGAAGCACUGGUCACUGUAUGACUCGGCAGUGCUUUCGGAGUCCUCCUCUGAAUGGCCCCGUGCAGUGGAGGAAUGGAGGGAGUGCCUGAAGGAGACGCUGAAGCAGACAGAGGAGUGCCGGGUGCAGUGCGUCGUGGAGGGGCAGCGUUUCCCUGAAAGAGAGCCGGAAGCCUCGGAAGGCAUGUUUGAGAGGGCUGCAGCUCUCUCCCUUUCCUUGCUGGCCUGUCAGCAGUCGUGUGUGUCCGUCGUGUCAACACGACCCGGAAGGAUCUCUCCUCACGAGGACCUCCUUCCGACGAUACUGGAGCACUUACAUAUCGCCCAAUUCAAAGCGGGAGACCUGAAGGGGGCAGUGCAGACCAUUCGCUCUCUCCUCCUCUUCUAUCCAUCCGAUUCAGAUUCUCUCUCCAAUUUGCAGCUCUACUUUGACACACUAGGGGGUGACACUGAGUCCCAAGAGGCACAGCCCUCAGAGGAAAUUUCCGGCUAUGUUAAGAGAUCAUUACUAGAGAAGAAGUUGCUGUUUUUUGGAGCUGAAAACCUGGAUUUCAGUUUCAUGGACCCAGACUUAUGGACACCAGAAGACGUUGUUCCCGAGUCCUUGAGAGAGACUUGGAGAGCAGAGAGGGAGAAAUUGCAGGAGAGAGAAAAGGAAGGACAAAGGGAGGAAGAGAUGGAUGACAGCGGUUUCUAUGCAGGGGGUCACGUUCCUCUUGUUGGGGUGGAUAUUGUCAUGGACAGCGAGGCCCUGAACGGGACCAAUCGCGUUGUGCUGGAUGGAGUCCUGUCGGCAAAAGAAUGUCAGAUCCUGCUGCAGCUUGCCACCGCCGCUGCCGCAGCAGGAGACGGCUAUCGGGGCCGGAGGUCCCCCCAUACGCCACAUGAGAAGUUUGCGGGUCUCACCGUCCUCAGGGCUUUAAAGACGGCACAAGAUGGCCUCCUAAACCAGACAGAUGUUAAGUUGCUCCAUGAGAUCGGGGAGAGGGUGCGUACCCUUCUGCACUCCUACUUCAGGAGCCCCUCCACCCUCUACUUCUCCUUCACCCACCUGGUCUGCCGCACUGCCAUUACAGGUCAGCAAGAAGGAAGGCAGGACCUCUCCCAUCCAGUUCACGUGGACAACUGUCUGCUGGAGGCCGAAACAUGGCGGUGCUGGAGGGAGCCGCCUGCCUACACCCACAGGGACCUCAGUGCCUUGCUGUAUUUGAACGAUGACUUUGAGGGUGGAGAUCUCUUCUUCACAGCCAGAGAUGCUAAGACUGUAUCAGCUACAGUGAGGCCCGCUUGUGGACGCCUCGUGGGGUUUUCCUCGGGACCCGUAAACCCCCAUGGGGUUACCGCUGUGACUGCCGGACGGAGAUGCUCAGUGGCUCUCUGGUUCACUAAGGAGAAGCUCCACAGAGACAUGGAGCGGGAGGAGGCUGAAGCUCUGUGGGCAGCAGAAGGACAGAAUGUGAAGAAGGCCGACGAUGAGGAUGAAGAUGAGGCCCACGGCACCCGGCGCUUGGCACAGAGGCAGGGCUCCAGGGAAAAGAUUAAAUCCAAGGACAGAGUGAUAGUGGCGCGAGACGAACUGUGACCUGGCAGCAGGAGUGGCGCCAAAGAGCCAGCACUUAGGACUGGAUCACAGCUUGCCUUGUUUCCUGUUUUGGCGUCUGUGUUUGGCUGACUUCCUGCACAUUGCAGAUUUGUAUAGUGGUUUCACUUGCCCAUGUGACACACCCCAUCAUCCCUGAUCCUGCCCUCCAUCCCCUCAGUGUCCACAAAAACCUGGGUUCUGUGGUUUAACCUGUGCCUGACAAUGACCCAUUGCCUUGGAGUCAGGAGGUUAACCUUCAUUAACCAAUCGUGAUAGUCCUUUCCUUCACCACAUCCAUGUUACAGUGUGUAUGUGUGUGGGGGGGUGGGGGGGG